AUGACCCUCGUUCCCGAAGAUCGUGACACAGCAUCUACGCUGGACCGUGCAGAGGCCCUUGGCAAGUCCGACCCCGCGCAGGCAGAGGCCCUUUACCGCUCGGUUCUCGAUCACAAAGCCGCCGAUGAGGCCGAGUUGAAGGACCAGGAGACUGCACUGCUCAAGCUUGGUGCCCUCUACCGUGAUGUUGGCAAGACGCAAGAGUUGGCGGACCUUGUCGUCCAGUCCAGGGAGUUCAUGUCCCAUGUGGCCAAGGCCAAGACAGCCAAGCUCAUUCGCGCACUCAUUGACUACUUCCCGCCAUCGGCUCGCGAUUUGCAGAUGAAGGUGACGAGUGAGAACAUUGAAUGGGCGAGGGCCGAGAAGCGCGUCUUCCUUCGCCAGAGUCUCGAAAUCAAGCUUGUGGCACUCCACAUCGACGCCCAGAACUACCGCCAAGCUCUGGGCAUGACGGAGGAUCUCCUCAAGGAGCUCAAGCAGCUUGACGACAAGAUUAUUCUCACCGAAGUCUUCUUGUUGGAGUCGCGCGCCGCACAUGCAAUCCAAAACCUCCCUCGUGCCAAGGCGGCCUUGACGUCUGCCCGCACCACUGCCAAUUCGAUCUACUGCCCGCCUCUUCUCCAGGCUCAACUGGAUUUGCAGGCCGGUGCUCUGAAUGCGGACGACAAGGACUACAAGACCGCGUACUCGUACUUUUUUGAGGCAUUCGAGGGCUUUACUCAGGUCGACGAGGCUGACCAGCGUGCUCUGCGUUCUUUGAAGUAUAUGCUCCUCUGCAAGAUCAUGAUGGGCUUGUCUGAUGAUGUGCCUGCUCUUCUUCUGAUGAAGUCUGCGUCCCGUUAUGCCGGCAAGGACUUGGACGCCAUGAAGGCUACCGCCCAGGCGCAGAAGGAGAGGAGCCUGGAGAUGUUCAAGGAAACCUUGAAGGAGUAUCAAGAUCAACUCCAAAAGGACCCUCUCAUUCGCUCCCAUCUGUCUGCACUCUUCGACACUCUCUUGGAGCAGAACCUGCUGCGUGUGAUUGAGCCUUACUCGUCUGUCGAGCUUUCUUGGAUUGCUCACGAGGUCGGACAGGGACGCGACGUUGUGGAGGAGAAGUUGAGCCAGAUGAUUCUCGAUCAAGUCUUCUAUGGCGUCCUCAACGAGAGGGCAGGUACACUGGAGGUCUUUGACGAAGUCCAAACUGAGGCACUUUUGUCUGGUGCCCUCGACACGAUGAAGCAGAUGGGUAGCGUCAUUCAAGCUCUGUACGAAAAGGCUACCAGUCUUGCGUAA